UCGUCGAAAUUAUUCAGCUGCUUGCGGCUCCACUGUUUUAUAAACAUUGCGGUACUUGUUGGUUUUCGUGAUGCGUUUGUACUGCCUCAGCGGCGAUCUGGCUAAGCCAUGCUACAUCAUCACAUUCAAGGGACUUCGCAUAAUGCUGGAUUGCGGCUUGACGGAGCAGACGGUUCUUAACUUUCUCCCGUUGCCUUUUGUUCAGAGCCUGAAACUAUCAAACCUCACCAACUAUAUACUCAAAAACGACCAUGAUCCCCAAAUGGACGGCGAACUUAAGGAUUGCUGCGGUAAAGCUUUUAUUGACUCAGUGCCGGAAUUUAAUCUUCCUAUGGAUAAAAUGAUGGACUUUAGCGAGGUGGACGUUAUUCUGAUCUCCAAUUACCUUAAUAUGCUGGCCCUGCCAUACAUUACGGAGAACACUGGCUUCAAGGGCAAAGUAUAUGCGACGGAGCCAACAUUACAAAUUGGACGCUUCUUCCUCGAAGAACUGGUGGAUUAUAUAGAGGUAUCGCCAAAAGCGAGUACCGCACGUUUGUGGAAAGACAAACUCCAUUUGUUACCAAGCCCGUUGUGUGAAGCGUUUCGCGCAAAGAAGUGGCGUGCGAUCUUUAGUUUAAAAGAUGUACAAGGCAGCCUAUCUAAGGUGACAAUUAUGGGCUAUGAUGAAAAAUUGGACAUACUGGGUGCAUUUAUAGCCACACCAGUGAGUUCUGGCUAUUGUCUGGGGUCCAGCAACUGGGUGUUGAGCACGGCGCAUGAGAAGAUCUGCUAUGUCAGUGGCUCGUCAACGUUGACAACGCACCCGCGGCCCAUUAAUCAAUCUGCCCUCAAACAUGCCGAUGUACUGAUUAUGACGGGACUGACGCAGGCGCCAACCGUGAAUCCAGACACCAAAUUAGGCGAACUGUGCAUGAAUGUAGCAUUGACGAUACGAAAUAACGGCUCCGCUCUGAUUCCCUGUUAUCCGUCGGGAGUCGUCUACGACUUAUUUGAGUGUUUGACGCAAAAUCUGGAGAACGCUGGCCUAAACAAUGUGCCCAUGUUCUUUAUAUCGCCGGUAGCAGACAGCUCACUAGCCUAUUCAAAUAUCUUAGCCGAGUGGCUGAGUUCGGCAAAACAGAAUAAAGUCUAUGUGCCCGAUGAUCCCUUCCCACAUGCUUUCUAUUUAAGAAAUGCCAAGCUAAAGCACUAUAAUCAUGUAUUUUCGGAAGGAUUCAGCAAGGAUUUCCGUCAGCCAUGUGUUGUCUUCUGUGGCCAUCCGAGUUUGCGAUUUGGCGAUGCUGUCCAUUUCAUUGAAAUGUGGGGAAACAAUCCCAACAACUCAAUUAUAUUCACAGAACCUGAUUUCCCCUACCUACAAGUAUUAGCACCGUUCCAACCACUGGCUAUGAAGGCUUUCUACUGUCCAAUCGAUACCUCCCUAAACUACCAGCAGGCCAACAAAUUGAUUAAGGAACUGAAGCCAAAUGUUCUCGUCAUACCGGAGGCUUACACUAAACCGCAUCCAUCGGCGCCGAAUCUCUUCAUAGAGCAACCGGAUAAGAAGAUUAUCACCUUUAAAUGCGGCGAAAUUAUACGCUUACCUUUGAAACGUAAACUGGAUCGUAUAUAUAUAACGUCAGAGUUGGCACAGAAGAUUUUGCCACGUGAGGUGGCUGCUGGUGUCACUUUCUCGACGCUGACGGGUGUGUUGCAGGUCAAGGAUAAAGUGCAUUGCAUAAAACCGUGCGCAGAUAGCGUCAAGGACGAACCAAGCACCAGCAAUGGGGGCAGCAUCAAGAGUUCUGUACCCACCAAAGAGGACGUGCUGAAAAAUGUGAAAUACGAAUACGGAAGCAUCGAUGUGGAUGCACUAAUUAAGCGAUUGGCUCAGGACGGCUUCACUAAUAUCAAAAUGGGUCGAACAGGUGGCAAUCUAUCGUUGCAACUAGUCAACGAGGAUACGGUUAUCAAGUUCCAGGACAACGAAACGCACAUCAUAUGUGGAGGAAAGCCCACGCUGCGAUUAAAGCUGCGUGACACCCUCCUGAAGUGUUUGCAGAGCUUUUAAAACAUAAACUUUUUAAUAAGCAACAAC